UUAGUCAUAGUGUAUCUAGUAUAAAAAUGUCAGUCAUGACUACAUGAGUAAGUGAGUUAUGUCAGUCACUAUAAAAAUAAACAAUAAUAAAUAAUUACAACAUACGAAAACGGAUAUAACAUAACAUUUAAGAUUAAAUAAUACGUAUUUAGAUGAUUAAGUUCAAUGACGGUCUAAAACAGUAGAUAGUAAGUGUUUUCGUCUGAUAAAAUAAUUGUAAGAUAAUAGUCAUCAUGAUACUGUCCACAUUAAGUUUUGCCAUGCACAUACUCGUGUCAUCGUAUAAAGUGUUGGCCCCAGUUGGUCAGAUAUUAGAAUACGUCUUGCCGUAUCGCAACAUGGCUGCAAAAGCAAUAUCUGGAAGUAUCAAUUUCAACACAAAACACUUAAAAAAAGGUGACCCUCUUCCGCCUUACAAUGGGAAAUUAAGGAUAUACAACAUGCGUUAUUGUCCGUUCGCUCAGCGAACAAUUUUGGCGCUGAACGCGAAACAAAUUGACUAUGAAGUGGUGAAUAUUAAUCUUGUUGAAAAACCGGAAUGGUUGCCAAGGAAGAGUGCUUUUGGUAAGGUUCCAUCUAUAGAAAUAAAGGAAGAUGUGUGCAUCUACGAAAGUUUAAUAACAGUAGAAUACUUAGAUGAUGUGUAUCCUCAGCGACCAUUAUUGCCUAAGGAUCCAGUCAAGAAAGCCUUUGACAAAAUAAUUGUAGAAACCACAGGACCUAUUCAUGCUAUGUUCUUCAAAUCAAUGACUGCACCAGAUACCAUCACCGAAGCGACAAUAAAUGCUUAUCACGGAGCCUUAAAGUUUAUUGAAGAUCAAUUAAAAAGUCGUGGUACCACAUUUUUGGGGGGAAAUGAGCCAGGUUAUGCUGAUUAUAUGAUUUGGCCGUGGUUUGAAAGAGUGCAGGGCUAUAAAAAGACUGAUCAUCAAAUAAAAAUAGAUCCAAUCAAGUAUCCAAUAUUGGUGCAGUACAUAGAUAAGAUGUUUAAAGAUCCAGCAGUGAGUCAGUACUUAAUACCUAAUGACAUUAUGGAGAAAUUUGUUAAUGGCUACAAACUUGGAAAUCCUAAUUAUGAGUUACUUAAUGAGAAUUAAUUUUUUUAAACUGAAAAGAAGUCACAGUCACACUAUAAUAUAUUCUCAAAGUGUAUUAAUAUAUUUCAAUAAACCCUAAUGAGUAACAA